ACUUAUUACACAAGAUUACACAGGAGUGUGUGUAUCUGCAGGUUUUUUGUGCAGAUGUAGCACUAUUGCUAGUGUGUGUGUGUGUGUGUGUGUGUGUGUGUGUGUGUGUGUGUGUGUGUUAGUCAUCAAUAUAAAUUUUCUGAUCAUUCUUCAUGAGUUCCUUCAGUUUACUCUGAGCAUUUCAACUGCUCAAAUAAAUAUCUUCUACACAUGUAAGCGCUUUCCAGCAGGACUGUUUCAAGAUCAAUCUUUUCACUCUGAGGGCAUCUGAGGAACUUUUACAGGUUAUUACAAACAUUGGCAGGUUCUCAGGAAGUCAACACGACACAAUAAUUGUGGGGAGUGUAAACUUUUGGACAGGAUGAUCUGUGUACAUUCUUAUUAUUUGACCUUCUGGGAAAUAUUUAAAUGCUGUGCUGUCUCUGGAAGGCAAUGCUAAAUAAAAACAGUAAGUUUACAGAUCCAAGGAACUGAAGAAACAAGGAACUGAAGAACCAGGGAACAGGAGAAACAAGGAACUGGAGAACCAGGGAACAGGAGAAACAAGGAACUGGAGAACCAGGGAACAGGAGAAACAAGGAACUGGAGAACCAGGGACCUGAAGAAACAAGGAACUGGAUAACCAGGGAACAGGAGAAACAAGGAACUGGAGAACCAGGGAACUGAAGAAACAAGGAACUGGAGAACCAGGGAACUGAAGAAACAAGGAACUGGAGAAACAAGGAACUAGAGAACCAGGGAACAGGAGAAACAAGGAACUGAGAAGCAAGGAACUGGAGAAACAAGGAACUGGAUAACCAGGAACAGGAGAAACAAGGAAGAGGGGAACUGGGAAAAUUUGAAAACUUGGUAGCAGGAGGAACAAGCAACAGGUCUUGAGGAGCUGCUGUGAACGUGGAAUGGAAAAGCGAGAUGAUGACGUGGAUGAGCAGCAGAACAGCACCAUAGGAAAUGACAACCCAAACAUUAAACAGAAGGGGAAGUUCUCCAACCUGGGGAAGAUCUUCAAGCCGUGGAAAUGGAGGAAGAAGAAGGAAAGCAGCGAGAAGUUCAAGGAGACGUCAGAAGUCCUGGAGAGGAAGAUUUCGAUGAGGAGACCCCGACAGGAGCUAAUAGAUAAAGGAGUAAUAAAGGAAGUCUCUGAGAACGAGAGUAAUAGUGUGAAAGCUCCGUCUGUGAAGAACGGCCACACGGCCCCCGUCCCCAGGAGCCAGGGGUCAGAUGCAGGGUCAGAGGUCAGGAGCAGGUCACACGCAGAGGAGAGGAAGAGUUUACUGGCUCAGGAGCCUGAGCGGCGAAGCCGGAUACCGUCAGACGUGUCGCGUAACAGACAGCCUCUGGACGUGGACGCACGUACGCGCAUCGACUCGGACAAACAAGAGCGAGACGAGGCCCGGUACCGCAAGGACGAGAGAGAGGAACGAGGGAGGAGAGACGACAGGGAUAGACGUGAGGAGCGUGAUUCUAGAGGAGACUGGAGAGAAGAUCGAGAACGGAGAGACAGGAGAGACGUCCGAGAAAACAAGGAACAAAAGAGGGACGAUAGAGAGAGGAGAGAAGACAGGGAAAGGAAAGAUGUAAAAGAACGACGAGACGAUCACGACCGAAAGGAAGAAACUCUCCGACGAGAGGACAGAGAGAAGAGACCUGAAAACGAGAGGAGGGACGAGCGCGAACGGAAAGUCGACAAGGAGAGAAGAGACGAGAGAGAACGAAAGGAUGAACAGGACAGGAGAGAGGACAUGGGAAGGAAAGACGUGAGGAAGGUGGAACCUUUAAAGCUGUUACGGCCUCAGUCUGAGAUGGACAUGAGGAGCAGCGUGUCUGACGUGGGACACAAAAACCGUCCCGUCUCAGAAGUGGACCAGAGGAGCACACUGCCACGAUACACACACACUCAGGAUGACCCCAGGAUGCGCACAGGCUCUGUGGGUGUGCGCUUCACUCCUGCCCCUGAGCCAAAGGAGCAGCAGCCUCCACCCAAACAGGCCAUACUUCCCCCAAAAUGGCUGAUGUCCUCUACUGAAUCUGGUCAGCCCUCAUCCUCAUCCUCGUCUUCCUCCUCAGUGUCCUCCUCGUCUUCAGCUCCACCAAUUGCUAAACCCCCUCCUCGCACCGUCUCUUUAUUGGUGGACGACUCGUCACGUCCUGCACCCGUGGUUUCAUUAAGAAACAAAGACAACCCACCUGCUGUCCCAGGGCAUUCCACUCCUCCAUCCCCUGCUCCUGCUCCUGUUCCUGCCCCGGCUCCUGUUCCUGCCCCGGCUCCUGCUUCUGUUCCUGCCCCGGCUCCGGCUCCGGCUCCUGCUCCUGCUCCUGCUCCUGCUCCUGCUCCUGCUCCCGCUCCUGCCCCGGUUCCUGCUGCACCUCCCACCACCUCUGAUGCUUUUGUACCUGCUAAAAUGCCGCCUGUUCCACCUCCCAAACCCACCAACCGUAACAGUACAGUGACACUGCAAGCCGUGACAUUACCCAGGCACGCUAAAGCUCAGACUCCGCUGUGUUGGACCAGCUGGAGACGGCAGGCUGAACAUGGUGCUUCUUCCUCUCUACCUCUCUGUGGUCCCCAGGUUUAUCCAGAUGCACCCCCUCCUCUGGCAGUCGCUAACCUGGUUCCUUCAAAGCGUUUUCCUCCUGUUCCUCCUGCACGGACGACACCGGUCACUAAACGCCACUCAGCAGACCCCUCGUCCCAUCAGGCUGAACCUGCCGGCAGAGGUUCUCCACCCAACCCUCCUCCUUCCCAGUCAGACGAUAACAAACACCCCAGCACUACGAGCUCAGUGGUCUCUCCUCCACCGAGCCACAUUCCUCCAUCUCCACCUGGUGUCACAGUGGAUCCUCCGAGCCCCACCACCGAGCCGCCUAGCCAGCCUCCGUCCAUCCCUCUGCACAUCCUGAUCCAGCGUGCCCUCACCAGCCCCGGCCCCAUCAACCACAACCCCAACCCCGACGCCAACCAGAGGGCACACUCACUGCUGUUUGAGAUGCCUCCAGAGAUGCCCGUGGAUGCGAGCGGACGAUAUUCACUGCCCGUCACCAUCGAGCCGCUCAGACUGCCUGAGGAUGAUGAUUUCGACAUGGAGGAAGAGCUGCAAAAGCUGCACCCUAAACCACGACAAACCGCCCCCUCGGAGCUGGAGGCCGGGAGCAGGAGGGGGUUAGUGGCAGAUCCCAUGGUUAUGGUGAUCUUCGAGGACUCAGACAGUGAGCGCGACGAUGAGAACGACUCAGACGGACCCAUUCUGUACAGAGACGAUGAAGAGGAUGAUGAAGAGGAUGUGCCCAUAACUGGUCUGGCAGGUCGAGUGAAGCGGAAGGACACUCUGGCGCUGAAGCUGGAGAAACAGCAGGAAAAGGAGGAGAAGCAGGAGGAAGAGAACAUCACCUGGAGGAACCGUGAGCAAUGGGAGGCCAUGCGCAACAAGAUCGGCUCCACCCUCACACGGAGAUUAAGUCAGAGACCAUCACAGCAAGAACUUGAGCAAAGAAACAUUCUGCUAGCUAAGAACGAGGCGGACAGACGCGCUGAGCGAAGCGAGAUCAAACGCAGACUCACUCGAAAGUUGUCCCAGAGGCCCACCGUAGCUGAGCUCCAGGCCAGAAAGAUUCUGCGGUUCCAUGAGUAUGUGGAAUGUACACACGCUGAAGACUACGACCGGCGCGCGGACAAACCCUGGACUAAACUCACUCCUGCUGAUAAGGCUGCCAUCAGAAAGGAGCUGAAUGAGUUUAAGAGCUCAGAGAUGGAGGUCCAUGAGGAAAGCAAAAUAUACACCAGGUUUCAUCGUCCGUAAUGGACUCUCAGAGGGGGAGGAGGACGUGGAGGACGUGGAGGACGUGGAGGUGAGAAGACUCCGAGGCAGCCGUGGCUUUGAGCUCUACUCCAGAAUGAUUUGAGUUUGAGAAGGAAUGGUGCGCUGUGCCACUCCACCCGGACCUACUGUGCACUUCCACAGGUUCGAGUUCAUUUCACGGUGCUUGGACUGAAUCCAGCCGGCGUCUGGCGUCUGGUGUGUGGGCGUCUGGUAUGUGUGGGAUUGGACCUGACUUCAUGUGGAGACGAGACCAUCCUACAGAACACAUACACACCUUUUAAUUUAUUUACAGUCACGUCAGCACUGUGAUCUGAGCUCUUUAGAGAAGGUGACCACGUUCAGCUUUAUGUGAUGAUUCAUUUCUACUCGUCCAACAUUCAGAAACAGAACUUCAUUUUAGAUGAUUUUAUUCCAUAUUUUUAAGAAGAGUUUCAGCACACGGUUUAUAAAACUCUCAGUAACUUUUAGUUUUAAUGUUUAACAGUGAAAAACAAAUCGAACACCACAGUAGACGUGUAGAAACAUCACGACAUUUAAACACCAGCCUUUUACUUCAGCUGACCUGAGAACCUGAGAACACCGAAGCUCCUGUCCAUCACCAGAACUCUCUUCCAAGCUCAGUGUUCAGAUGGAGAAGCUCUGUGGUCCAACACUGGUAAUGUUCAGAGACGAGUUUAGACUAACGAGCUGAGUUUUAAUUCGAUUUCCAGGACGGCACACGCUGAUCAGCCAUAAGAUUUAAUCAUCUCGUCCACCAGAAGCAGGUAGGAGUGAGAGAUACUGUAUCAGGCAGAAGGUCCUCAUGAAGUUCCACCAUUUCAUGGUGCUCCCUAAUGGCAGUGUCCUCCUGCAAGCGAUCUUCAGGAAUGGAUUGAGGAACAUCUCAGUCUGAUCCAUCAUCUGUGGGACGUACUGGACAAACCCCAGUCUGAUCCACGAAGGCUCAACUCCACCUCAAAGAUUUACAGAAUCUGCUGCUAAAGUCUUGGUGUCAGAUACCACACACACCUUCAGAGGUCUGCUGGUGGUCCAGAGAACUUCACAGCUUCAGGCUGGUGAAUUUCAUGUUUUGGCUGAUCAUGUUCUUACCUGAUCUCAGAGAUCUAUUCUUUUCUCUACAAUGUGAUUAGUGAAUGUAUUAGUUCUAUGCAGUCUCCUGUGCGUGUGUGUGCGUGUGUGCGUGUGUGUGCGUGCGUGCGUGUGUGCGUGUGUGUGUGUGUGUGUGUGUGUGUGUGUGUGAGAGAGAACAGGAAUGACUUUUCCACAUGCUGUAAUCUUCUGCCUUAUAAACACUGGUGCCCAUGAAAAACUCGUCACUAGAGAGAAUGUUAUGUAUAAUUACAUGUACAUUUUUAUUACACACACACACACACACACACACACACACGAAUCUCAGGAUUGGUCCGAGUGUAUCGUCGUCUCUCAGUGUGCAUUGUACUGUUGAUCUCAGCAUCGUGACUCGUCUCGAAGUCACCUGUUCAAAUCUCAACAAAAAAGACAAAAUAAUGCACAAUAUAUAUAUAUUUUGUACAUUUAUAGUUUUUGGUCGAUUGAAUUGUACGACACUGUUUUCACUGCUGUUUAAGACUUUUUUUGUACAGAAACACUGUAUAUUCUGAUCUUUGUGUAAUUACGUCUUCUGGAUGUUUGAAAACUGAUUUAAUUCUAAUGAACGGUAUUAACAGAUUACGUACACGGCACGCAGGUAAAUCUACAGAAUUCAGUGUAAAGUAGAGAAGAAUGGAACUGAAAUCAACUUUUAUUCUAGACUUUUUUAUGGUGAAUGAAAAGACUGAUGAACUUUGUCUUUAUACGGUGAUUAAAACUUUAAUUUCA